UACAGGAAGACAGCAGUCAUAUAAACUGCACGACAGAUGAGCAGAUUUAUUUGACCUGAGGGAAACUGUGCCGCAGUGAGACAUCUCUGAUAAUCGCUUCUGUCCAUCCUGCACUCCGCGGGACUGUAAGGAGAGUACGGAGGAUAGUUAAAGGAGCGACGCAAAGAAGCUGAGGUCGCACUUCUCGGAACUCAUUUUCACCCGGAACACAUGCUAUUCAUUUGCAUCAAACGCUUGAUGAGUGUUUACAGGGGAUGACAGCUGCGCUCUUGGUCUUCCCGUGAUGUGACUUUGCAGGGAUUAGUGAGCGAAACAGCCUAAACAUCCUCUGUUCACACAGGCCAGCGGUUUGUCUGCGGAACAAAUCACAUUAUAUAGUUUGCGCUGGAGCAGGGACCUUAUGCAAUGUGGAGGGAACUGUGUUCGUGAGCUCAUAUAUGUUGACCUGGCAAUGACAUUAGGUUUAACUUGAAUAGCUCCGUGCUGUAUUGCAGCAAGGUGGACCGGGGCGUGAGGUGGCAAUGCGCGCAUCCUCCGAGCUGGACAUUUUGUGGGGGUGUUAUGUUUCCUAAACACAUUUGAAGCAUAAGGCCAUACAUCCAUCCUGAGCUGGCGAACUGCGUCACUGCAUGCGAGUGUUGCAGGUAGGCAGUAAACUCUCUCACCGCCGGGAGAGGAGCAUCAUCCUCUCUGCACUAUGUCUACGAUAAGCGCUUAACAGAGCAGCAGGGAUGGAUUCGGCGGAUCAUUCCAGUAACGAUCCGCCACUGGGAUCCACAUUUUCCUCAGCACCCAAUUUAGAUUCGGACAUUAAUGCAAACGGCAGUAGGGCUAUAUAUCAGAAUGGGACGGACUACAAUGUCAACAACAUCCAAAUGGCAGCCCUGCGAGGAGCCAGUGACCCCAGCGCAUACCCCUCCACAGACUACCGCGCGCUGGUCCGCCAGAGGUUCAUCCGGCGGAGUUUGUGGUUGUCAGACUCCGAGGAGCAGCAGCCGGUGGACACGCCGGAGCCUGUCAACAGCAGCCCGGUGCUGAACAUUGACCUGAGGACCAUCGUUGAUAGGACUCGAACCCGGGUUUUGCAAGGAACCCGUCUGGGCCUCCAGGAGACGUCCAGCACGGAGAGCCAGGUGGGGAAGAAGGACAACCCCUCAGAGAGUGCAGAUGAGGAGAAGAGACACCCGAUCGAAGUCGAGCCAAAGGUAGAGGUGGCGCUUUCGGACGUUUCAGGUAAAGCCGGAAGUGACGAGAACGAAGAGGAGCCAGGGAUGAAGGCUGUGUCCACUUCACCUGGAGGGCGCUUUCUCAAGUUUGACAUUGAGCUGGGGAGAGGGUCCUUCAAGACUGUCUAUAAAGGUCUUGACACCGACACCUGGGUCGAAGUGGCAUGGUGUGAACUCCAGGAACGGAAACUAUCAAAAGUCGAGAGACAGAGGUUCAAAGAGGAGGCAGAGAUGUUAAAGGCUCUCCAGCAUCCCAACAUCGUGCGAUUUUAUGACUUCUGGGAAUCACCGGUUAAAGGGAAAAAAUGUAUCGUUCUGGUGACAGAGCUGAUGACCUCAGGGACACUUAAAACGUAUCUGAAGCGCUUUAAGGUGAUGAAGCCUAAAGUUCUUAGGAGCUGGUGCAGGCAGAUUCUCAAAGGCCUCCACUUCCUCCACACAAGGACCCCUCCAAUCAUCCACAGAGAUCUGAAGUGUGACAACAUCUUCAUCACUGGUCCUACAGGCUCUGUCAAAAUAGGCGAUCUGGGCCUAGCGACACUGAAAAGGGCCUCUUUUGCUAAAAGUGUUAUCGGCACUCCUGAGUUCAUGGCCCCAGAGAUGUAUGAGGAGCACUAUGAUGAGUCUGUGGAUGUCUACGCCUUUGGGAUGUGUAUGCUGGAGAUGGCCACCUCAGAAUAUCCCUACUCUGAGUGUCAAAAUGCUGCUCAGAUCUACCGAAAAGUCACCAGUGGGGUGAAACCUGCUAGCUACAGCAAAGUCAGUGACCCAGAAAUCAAGGAAAUAAUCGGGGAAUGUAUCUGCCACAGAUGGGAAGAAAGGUACUCCAUCAAGGACCUCCUGAAUCACGCCUUUUUUGCAGAGGAUACAGGCGUGAGGGUAGAGCUUAAUGAAGACGAUGAUGGCAAGAAAGCAUCCAUUGCCUUGAAGCUGUGGGUUGAGGAUACAAAAAAGCUGAAGGGGAAGUACAAGGAAACUGGUGCCAUUGAGUUUUCCUUUGACUUGGAUAAUGAGGUCCCAGAGGUUGUUGCCCAAGAAAUGGUGGAAUCAGGUUUUUUUCUGGACUGUGAUGUAAAGAUAGUUGGGAAGUCCAUCCGGGACCGCGUGGCUUUCAUUAAAUGGAAAAGGGAGCGGACUGUCUCUGCAGCUGUGAAGAAGCCGCAGCCGAACCUCCUGACGGUGCUCGGACCCGCCGUGCCACAGGCAGCCACAUUAGCUACGACAGAUGGUGAGGAACAGGAGGUGGAGCAGCAGACUCUGGUCUGCACCGUGCCAACCAUAACGUCUAUCACAUCUGACAGCGGAGUGGGCCCUGCCAUGCAAUUAGAUGAUCUAAAUAAUCAGCAGAGUAUCUUCAACCAGUCGCUUCCAGAGCCCAUCUCCACAGCUCAGAUGAUCUACAGUCCUCCUGCUCUGGUUGAGCCUCAACACCAGGGGCCAUACCAGCAACCCACAGCACAGGCCUCUCAAGAAAGCUACACACAAACAUCCUCUCAAUUACACCAGGGGGCCUACCAGCAAACCACAGAUCAGCUGCAUUCUGGGGCCUAUCAUCAACCUGCAGCACAACUGCACCAGGGGCCUUAUCAGUCUCAAACCUGCAAACUUCAACAAGCUGCUGUCCUGCCCCAGAUGAUUCCACCACAGGGUAAUGUUGCCCUGAUCCACCCUGGGUUGCCUGCUGUACGGACUCCUCUCUGGGAAAGUGGAGUAGAUGCAGAAAUGUCUACAGCUGUCCAAGACUUAACAAGUGCUCCUACAGUUUCAACUGCAGCCUCAAUCUUAGGUCCAGCUCUAGUUGAAACUCAGUCCCAAACACAAACACCAGCUCUGGUCGCAGCACAAAACCAACAGCUUUCAGUAUCAGUAUCAGCUGAAGUCAUGCCUCAAACUAUGGAUCCAACCUUUGUUAAUGACCCACUGUCAGUCCCAAUACAAGUUCCGACGGCAGUGCAAACGAUAGCCCCAGUUCAAGCACCAAUUUCUGCGUCGGAUCUCCCUUUUGAAUCACCAAAAGACUUAUCGAAAAGCUUAGCCCCAGCCCCUGUUGCAGCUUCUGUCCCAGCUGCAGUUCUGCAGCCUGCUGGCAUCCAGACAGCAGGCUCAGUGUCUGAGAGUGCCAGCGUUGCCACAACUCAGCAAAACUUUGAGUCCACAUCUGCAUCCGGCACCCUUCAACAAGAGUCCUGUCUAGAGGAUGCGCUUCAAGACAAACCCAUAGGUUUACCCAAUUACGCCUAUGACAGUUUUAACUCUGAUGUGGCAUCUGGUAAGGAAACAAGUGAUGGCUAUGACAGCUUGGCUAGUGGAGGGAAGGGGGACGGAAAACCCAGGAAGCAUCACCGCAAGUCUGCCCGCACACGCUCCCGGCAAGAGAGGACCAGCAAACCCAAACUGAGCAUGCUAAAUGUUUGCAACACUGGUGAUAAAAUGGUUGAAUGCCAGCUGGAGACACACAACCACAAAAUGGUGACCUUUAAAUUUGAUCUGGAUGGAGAUGCUCCAGAGGAAAUUGCCACUUACAUGGUAGAGAAUGGAUUUAUCUUACUGAUAGAGAAAGAGAUCUUCAUUGACCAGCUAAAGGACAUUGUGGAUAAAGCUGAAGACAUGCUGAAUGAAGACAUUGAGGGAGAAAGGGUCUCCGCCCUAAGUUGUAGUCCUGAACAAUGCCAGAUAUUUGAAGGACUGGCAGGAGAGUAUCAGCAGCCUGGAGCACAUCAGCCUGUCUAUCAGCAGAAUGGAAAGAGAUGGUUCAUAAUUUGCCCCGUUGAGGAGACACCCACAUCCAGCCAGGAGACCCCGUCUGAUGGGACUGUUACACAGUCUCCAGGCAGUUCCACCACUACCCAGCCUGCUGACAGUGUCACUGCAAAACCCAGAGAAGAAGGGUCGUCUUCCACAAUGUCUGGUGGAAGUGGAGGCUUCACCUAUGACGUCUAUGGAUUCUGUAGCCCUCCGAUAAUGUCCAACACAGACCCUCUUUUCUUAGCUACCCUGUCUCCCCCUGUUUCUGCUCCCCUGACCCUUCAGUCAGUGACAUCAGGGGUGCCUGCUGGCAGCUCGGUGCAGCCCAGUGUUCAUCAUGCUCAGCCUGCCAAAGCACAAACUUUGCCCCCGUCAUCUCCACAUACGUCUUUCCCGAUUGAUGAGUCACGGGGAUCGCCUUCGGAAUCCGUCUCUCCAAUUCAUGCAACUCUGCAGAUGCCCGACAUGUCAUACGCUGUUGCUAUGGCUGACGAAGUGCCCUGCUGCCCUCUGGUUAUGCCCUUAUCUCUGGAUGUGAGCGGUUUACAGGCUGUGCCUCCUCUCGCUCCACUUCCACUCCAGGAGCCAUGUUCAGCCAAAGAUCCUCCGCCUGUCUCCUAUGCCUCGGCCGUACGCAGCGAGCGCCCACAGCAACCUGUGGUGCUUCACCAGCCUUUUUCCAGCGUGGGAGGAACCAAAAUGUCCUCGGUACCCCAGAGCCCUGCGCCAUCCCAGCACGGCGCAGGGCAUGGUGAGUCAGAUGGUGAAGGAAGGCUUGGCCGUGGAGGCUUUGUGGACAGCACUAUAAAAACACUGGAUGAGAAGCUGAGGAACCUGCUCUACCAGGAAUAUGCUCCCAUGUAUCCAUCAGGCAGUGCUGCAGAGACCCCGGGCUCCUGCACCGAGUACAUACAGUCUCCUCCAGGUCCAGAGAGUGCCGCAGGAGGGUCCGGAAACAGCACGCCGGGGCCGAUAGGGGAGGGCCGCUACAGGGUAGGAGAACAGCUACCUCAAAUUCCAGAGAGAAUGGAUAGUUUGAGCACAUUGAGUGACUCAGCUGUGUGUGCUUCCCUGUCAAGAAGACACCUUCCUCACUCCACCUCCUGCUCUGGAACAAGAGGCCGAUUUAAAAUCAUCUCUGUUCCUCCUGAAGUAGCCAACAGACGAGAUGUGAAGCAGAGGAGCUGGAGCAGCGCUGCCUCACCAGCACACCCUGUAGGGUACAGUGAGGACUACAUCCAGGCUGAGGCCUUAUCAGAAUCCACCACAAUUGGCCGUUUCUCUGUGGUUAGCACAGAAGAUGACAUGACUCAGAGGACGCGUUGCAGCCGAUACUCUGCCCCGCCGGAUUUCUACCUGGACACACCUCCAUCAAUGGCCAAGAGGGAAACUCUGCCUCGGGCCGUGACAUCCAACUCUGUUGCUGUGGAUGUCACGGUCCAUGCUCGUUUCCUGUCCUCAGACUCAGGGGCUGAGAGCAGUCCAGCAAAGAUGGCUCCUGCCACCCCGUCACAACAUACUCGCUCUGAGCGCAGAGGAAGUGACCUCAUGAAAAGGGCAGUGGCAUUCCUCCGUCGCUCAGGGCGCAGCAGCAGUGUGCAGAGCUCUGACUCACCAAGCAGGCAUGGAGGCAUGCACGGCUCGGCCUAUGCCAGCAGCGAUAAUGACUCGGAGAUGGAGGACUCAGACAUGAAGAGGGAACUACAGAGACUCAGGGAGAAACAUCUGAGGGAGAUCUCUGAGCUGCAGGCCAAUCAGCGGGGGGAAGUGGAAUUGCUGUAUUGCCGGCUUGGCAAAGCUCCUCCUCCUGGCCUGGGUCUUUCUCAUGAUGCACCACCUGCGGGGCGUAGGAAGAAGUCCAACAAGCACAGAUUGAAGCCUGGCAAACUUCUCAGCCCUCUGGUCCAACAAUUUAGAAAUGUCACAACCAAAAGUAGUGACUCAAGCAGAACAGUUGUUGCUACAGGUACAAGUGAACCCACAGUGAGCCAAAAUGGCUCUCCAGCCAAAGGGUCUUUCCCCACUCAAGGGAGGGCUCGGUCAUGUACCAGUCACCUUCCCAGCUCAACGCCAGAGCCUGUGCAGACUCAGCAGCCCUGUUCCCUCAAGGGCUCUUUGUCUUCUGAUAAUAUUUACGGUGGACUACAAGGAGACGGCACUGGCACACAAGCUCCACCGGGACAAGGCUGGUCUAAUAACCCCCAAACUUCAGAGAGAGUGACCUAUAAAUCGAGUAGCAAGCCACGAGCUAGAUUUCUCAGUGGGCCUGUGUCUUUGUCUAUCUGGACAACACUGAAGCGUCUGUGUCUCGGCAAAGAGCGUGGCAGCAGAUCUGGAGCUGGGCCAGGGGCUUUCAAUCCAUCCCAGCAGCCGCCUGCCGGUGCCACGCCUCCUUCUCAUCAGCCGGUUACAGGACUGGCCCAAGCUCAGGCAAAUAACAGCAACAACAAGACGGCCACAUACACUGGCUUAUCCAUGAGUGCCAAUGAAAACAACCUGUCUGAAGACUUGCAGCGGCUGAUGGAGGACUGGGCCCAGGAGGUGCUUAUCGUCACCCACAGGCCUGGCACCAACUCUCUGAGCAUCAGCGGGCAGCAGCUCUGGAAUCAGGUUAUGCACCGAACACAUGGACAGCUGACAAGUGCUUCAGACGUAUCAUGGACAGCCCCAGGUCCGGAGGUCUGCAGUGCUUCUCUGUCCUGGCCUGAUAGCCCGGGGUCAACAAUCAUUAGCAGCCCCUCCACUGGGCCCCAUGGCAGUUGUCAGCUUCGCUCUCCUGCUGCUUUCAGGGCCGUGUCCUCGCCUCUCUCUGUUAGCCAGUGGCCUGGGUUGCUCUUUCCUCUUCCUUCAGGAGCCUUUGCCUUUCCUGCUGUAUGCUCAUCCCAGGACGUCCCCAGCCCGACUUCAGCUCCAUCAUAUCAGACGCCGGACCCCAAAGCCAGGACUCUGUAACCUAAGUAGCAUUGUGUCUUCCAACUCCGUUACCAAAAAGAAAUCUCACUAUAGUUCUAGUCAAUCUUAUGUGCAUAUACUGUAUAUAUAUAUAUUUAACCAGCAUGUAUCUAAUCAUAUGUACAUACUCAUAUCCACUCUUGAGUUUAAAGUUAUUUGGUUAUUUCGCAUCAACAUACCUCAUGUCCAUAUUGCAGUAUAUAAUCCUUCAGUGCAGUGUAAUGGCAGUAGUACAGGUAAAGAAGCCUAAUAAACCCAAUCAGGCUAAAAAUAGUACAUUUUUGUCAUAGCUUAUUAAUGUACCUUACCACUCAUUAAAUGUAUAUAAUGAACUGUUCAUUAAUAGUACGUUUAUAUAAAUAGUUCAUGUUUUUUUGCUCAUAUCACCUCUAUGGUUGUGUGUAUAUAUGAAUCAUUGUGAGUCUGUACAUAGCCUCUGUGUUUGUACAGAUAACAUCAGAUAAUCCAUUGCUCGGUGCUGCAGAUAUGUGUCUUAAUGCAACACCAUCAUGCCGUCACUGUGAAGACUUGACAUCCUGGUCACUAGGACCGGUUGCUUUACUCUGCUCUCAGUCCAAGGGUAGGUUUCAUUCUUCAUCGAUGAAAUGCUUCCAGCACAAGCGCUUGAAAUAUCUUUAAGAGAUUUGAAUGAACUUGAAUUUUAUCUUCAGGUGAAAAAACACCUGUGAGAGUGCCUUGAAAUGAAGUUUCAGUUUUAUGAAGAGAAGCAUUUAGAUUCAAAGCAGAUACCAGACAUUCUAUAUCAUAUAUGCUUUAACCUCCAAAGGUAAUUGAUGUGAUUUGAAUAAUACAUGUGGAAUUUCACAUUUAAUUUAGCAACACAACAUAAAAAAAUACUUUAAUCUGGUCAUGUUGAGACAUAAAAUAUCACAGAUUGUAAAACUAAACCUUGUUCACUGAAGUAAUUAUUUGUGGGAUUUGCUCUACAACCUUCCACCUCCUGCAUGAAUACACUGAUAUUCUGAAUGUGCACAGGUUGAUGUGGUUUGCUUCAAGAGGAUGUUAUAAAGAGAAACUAGCAUUGAAACAAUACAACAAGGAGGGCUGAAGGACUCAACCUUGAGUCAAAGUCAUUGUCAUGCCAUACCUCUAAUGCCGUCUGUAGCUUUACAUAUGGUUGCCUUUGUGGUUUUACAGAGAUUAUUUUGUGAUUGGUUGUUGUCUGAUACAUAUUGAUGAUAUGAUGAUGUGAGAGGCUCAUGAAGAAUAUGAAUAGAUGAGAAGCCACAACUGUUUGACAUUUUAUUAUGACAAUGCAUAGGUUUUCUAGAUGAUUAUUAUCCAACGCUAGCCUCACAUGAUCAUCUUAUAAAGCUAAUUAUGUAUAUGGCAGAAUCAACUCAAAGAUCUCCAACAAAUAUUCAUGCUUUAAGUUAUUUCAAUAGUGCAGCCUCAAUCAUCACUUUCACUUCCAAUACUUAAAGCUCUUGUAAAACUUUUAUUAGGAAAGCUACUGCAGAAGAAUACGUUUGCCUAAUUCAUUAAUGUCUCGACGUGUUAUGGCAAUACAAAGCAGAGGCAAACAUCUAUAUAGUCAAAAAGUAGGCAUAUUAAUAUUAGACAGAGUAUGGGUCAAGCUUGAGAAAUACUGAAAACUAAAUUUCCCAGAAUGCUGUUCAGUAGGACUUUUGACAUGAUAAGGGUUAUUUUGUAAUUUUUGGAAAGACCUUUCCAGAGCCACAUAAUACAAAAGUACAAGCAGUGCUCUUUAGGAUGAAUAAACUGCCCGACUGCAGUGCCGCUUUAAAAACCUUCCAUGUUUGCACAGUGUGAUGAUAUUUUGUUUGAAAAUGAAUACAUUGUCUUAAAGGUAGAAUUUCUUCCAUGAUGGUUUAUGGAUUAUUAUUAUUUUCAUGAAAACGUCUCCUAUGCAGCUUUUUAUUUGUGCUUUUCACAGUAUCUCCUGUAUUUGAUCUCUUUAAUGCUUUCAAAGCAAGCUAGGUGUAUGGUUCCUUUCGCCCACUGUAUCACCUGUUUUCCAAAAUCGGUACUAUUUCACAAAAGCUGUAUAUACUUAUAUAAUAAAUUAAUAUUUGCUUGACAUCAUACAAUA